AUGCAGCGAACGGAUGAUAUUGGCUGGCUUAGUAUAGGCCUUAGCGAACGUGGGAGGUUUACUAUUUUGGAUCAUGGCCGCUUAGACCAUGUGGUAUCCGAAUUGGGAGAUCCCGCAAACCAGUAUCCAGCGUUAUGUGUAUACAUCGGCGCCAAAGCCAAGGAUGCUUGUCUUCGACAGCUCUAUCAGUACAACAACAUAAAACGGCAUGUUUCAGCGGCUGAGGUAAAGCUACGGUACGACAUGGGUUCAUUGGAGACCUCACGACCAGUGUUGUUCGCAGACGGUGGCCUGGAAUAUAAAUCUUCUACGAGCUCCUCUAUGAUAGGAUGCGUUAAGACGGAGCGCUCCAUCUCGUGGGAUUCUCCCUGUGCAGGGACAGUACUACGUAACAUCUGGGCUCGCCUCAUUUUCCUCUUCGCAGAUGUUAUUUGCCUCUUCGCAAGCGACUCUGCUGACCUUGCCGACGUGGCUGAUUUUCUGCUUGAAUGCCUACGUCUGCAGUCAUCUUCAUCAUUACCGGUGGCGAUUCGGCCGCGGAUUAUAAUAGUGACAGAAGCCCCUUGGGCGGGAAGAAGAAUAUAUGGAACAAGUGGAGCAGUUCCAUUGCAAACUGGACAAGAACAGUCCCGAGACCUUGUCGGAGUGCUUUUCUGCGAUCCAUUUUAUGCGCCUGGAGCGAAUUGGGAUGACAUGUACACUGUCCGGAAAGACCAUGGAGCUAUAUUUAAUGCGACCCAUCUGGUAGCGCUUUUCCGGUUGGCACUUCAGCACACAGCUGAAGAUAUCUGCCGGUCUUUUGACUUUGUGAAGGCAACUAGAGAACAAAAUGAAGUCCCUGUAUCCUCGAGCAUGGCCAUAGCACACUACCUAGACAUAGGAACAAAGGCAGGUGUCUACUAUGAGGAGCUGGCCCCUUCGAUCUCAUCGGCCCUUGUCAUGGAUCACUAUGUCCCAGGGAUGUUAGCGCUAGAACCUCGGGCCGUUUUCCAGGCGCUUUAUCGCUCUGUUGUCUUCGAUGCGCUUCAAAUUACCCCCGUGAAUCAACCAUAUAGAACUAUCGACGAGCUUGCGGGUAUGGUUGAGCGCAACAUGGUGGAACAAUUCCAUAAACUCGAGAGUACCGGUCAAUCAUCAUCUUAG